AACCCGGAGCAGCAGAGUCAGAAGCAGAUCCUCGACGGCGGAGAGAAGAAGCGCCUGCCUGGGUGAGCGACCGGCCCAUCGCUCCCGGAUUUGCCGCCGUGCCGUCGAACGAACUUGGCAGAAGCGAACUCAGCGGCGCCGGCGAUUUGGAGAGCCGAGCGCGACGCUGCUGCGCUGCGCCGGCCCGACGGGGCCCCCGCCAUGCCGUGCACCUGUCCUUGCUCCGGGCGGGGAUCGUGAGCGCCGCCGAGGAAGGAAAGUUCCCUUGGCCCUCCGUCGGCCCAGGACCGGCAGCGAGGGAAGAAGGGCGACCCGGGGGGCGGCGCUGCCGCCGCUUCUGCUUCUCCAUCUUCUGCUCCUUGUCCAGGCCGUCGCCCGGCUCCCCGUUGGCGCGCCGAGCCGGCUCCCCGUCCGCUCCUCCGGCCCGAUUCUCCCCCAAGUGCCGAAGUUGACUCUGUGCGGCGACACGGCGGCGUCAGCCGACUUCUUCCCCUUCCUCUGCCUCCCCAUGGAUAUGCACUGCAAGGCAGACCCCUUCUCCGCGAUGCACCCAGGGCACGGGGGUGUCAACCAGCUCGGGGGGGUGUUUGUGAACGGCAGGCCCCUUCCGGACGUGGUGAGGCAAAGGAUCGUGGAGCUGGCUCACCAGGGGGUGCGACCCUGCGACAUCUCCCGGCAGCUGCGGGUCAGCCACGGCUGCGUCAGCAAGAUCCUGGGCAGGUACUACGAGACGGGGAGCAUCAAGCCUGGCGUGAUCGGAGGCUCUAAGCCCAAAGUGGCGACCCCCAAAGUAGUGGAUAAAAUCGCCGAGUACAAGAGGCAAAACCCCACCAUGUUCGCUUGGGAGAUCCGGGACCGGCUACUGGCCGAGGGCAUCUGCGACAACGACACCGUCCCCAGCGUGUCCUCCAUCAACCGGAUCAUCCGAACCAAAGUGCAGCAGCCAUUCCACCCAACACCAGAUGGGAGUGCGACUGGAGUCACUGCACCUGGACAUACUAUAGUUCCCAGUACGGCCUCCCCUCCCGUCUCCAGUGCCUCCAAUGAUCCGGUGGGCUCCUACUCCAUUAAUGGGAUUCUGGGGAUUCCUCGGUCGAAUGGAGAGAAGAGAAAACGUGACGAAGAAGUAUCCGAGGGCUCAGUCCCCAACGGCGAUUCCCAGAGCAGUGUGGAUAGUUUGCGGAAGCACCUUCGCGCCGACACUUUCACGCAGCAGCAGCUGGAAGCUUUAGAUCGAGUCUUCGAGCGUCCUUCUUACCCCGAUGUCUUUCAGGCAUCAGAGCACAUCAAAUCUGAGCAGGGUAAUGAGUACUCCCUCCCAGCUCUGACCCCUGGUCUUGAUGAAGUCAAGUCAAGUCUAUCCAGCUCUGCUAACCCAGACCUGGGGAACAACGUGUCAGGACCCCAGACAUACCCUGUAGUGACUGGUCGUGACAUGGCAAGCACAACCCUGCCUGGCUACCCACCCCAUGUUCCACCCACCGGACAGGGCAGCUACCCAACCUCAACUCUUGCAGGAAUGGUGCCUGGGAGUGAAUUCUCAGGAAAUCCUUACAGCCACCCUCAGUACACAACCUACAAUGAGGCCUGGAGGUUCAGCAACCCUGCGUUACUAAGUUCCCCUUAUUAUUAUAGUGCCACAUCCCGGGGCUCCGCACCUCCCACUGCUGCCGCUGCCUAUGACCGCCACUAGUUACCAUGGAAACCACAUGAAACUGCAGGGUGACAGCCUAGGCCUCCAUAUUGUACCUGUCUGAUGAACAUUCUGCGCCACUCGGAAGGAUGAAGAAAACUUUCUCCGUGUCCCUCGCCUGCCCCUUUCGCCCCCUCCGCCCUCUUUCAGACUGCAGAAACGUACUGGAAUACCGCACAUUUGAGAACUUCGUGCCCCCUUGUAACCCAACCAAGCUACUUCACUGGAUUGAUGGCAAAAGCAGGCCUGCGGCCAGGGCCUCCUGCUCCUGUUGCUAUUGCCACUGCAGUACUUCAGACCACCCCACACAAAUUGUUCCUCGGUUCUCUAGCCUUCCAUGCGAGGCUUCCCAAACCUCUUAAGCGUGAGGGGAAUCUGAGCAAUAUAUAUAGCCUGCACUGUCUUCUUUUGGGAGUGGUAUGGACAGAAGGUAACAAAGGAGAGAAUGCUGCGUACAACUCGUUGUUCUCCCACAAGAGAUCAUCUGUGAGAAACACCUCCGCCUGAUAAGCGACGGUUUCCAAGAAGCCAGAGGGAACCAACUGGCUGGGUCUAGCAAAGGGGGAAAAGACCUGUGUCAUCCUCUCUGUGUGUCCGGCAAGGGUUGUUUUGUGUGACCCAUUUCCCUCCCAUUUCCUCCAUAGGUUGGUUGAAUAAGGCCUUUGCUUUCCUUACCGUUCCAUCCGAAGAACGACUGCG